AUGGUAAGAGAAGAUUCUUUUCAGCGUAGUAUAGUCUAUACCCUACAAGAUUUAUACGAACGGUUGAUAAAUUGUGCUCCACCUCCCAUCAUGGAUGCAAGGGGCAAUAUGGGUAGCAAUUCAAUUUUUAGCAAGGUUUCAGGAUUGUUUGGCGCCUCGCUUAAGAGUGCUCCAGUAAAUAGCCCAAAAGGAUUAUAUUUAUAUGGUGAUGUAGGAACUGGCAAGACUAUGCUGAUGGAUCUUUUCUUUGACACACUUCCAAUUGAACGAAAGCGUCGAAUUCAUUUUCACGCUUUUAUGCUUGAUAUUCAUGAACGAGUUCAUAAACUUAAGCGAACGAUUUCAGAAACUUAUGAUCCAAUACCACCUAUUGCUACUGAUUUA